AUGUCACGAUCUCAAAAUAUAAAUGAAAAUGAUAUUAUUAAUGGGAAUGAAAUAAUGCAAAAUUUCAUUCAAAAAACUGAAACAUAUAAUCAUUCUAUGUGCCUUGAUAAUUCAUCAAUGUCAAUGAAUACAAAGUCAAAAGCUCAUUUUAACGAUGUGACCGAGCAAAUACUAUUUUGUCAAAAUGGAAUUGAUAAUUUAAAUAUGUCAUCAAACAAGACUAGUUCGACAUUUAAUAAAGAGUCUUCUGAAGAAGUUAAACCAAUAGAUGAAGUAUUAAUGGUUGAUAUUAUUUCAAAUGGAUACAAAUAUGAGGAUACAUCAUUUGAACUUAAUAUUGUACAGCCGUGCUAUGUUGUUUCAAUUAUUUCCCCAUAUGCAUUUACAAUUCAAUUACAACGAGAUUUAAUUGAAUCCGAUAAAUUUUUUAAAAACAUGAAUGAUUAUUAUAAUUCAAUUUAUGAUCUUCAAUUAACUCAAGAAUAUUUACGUAAAAAUCUACUUUGUGUAACAUAUGAUGAAAUAACGUUGACAUGGAAUCGAUCUCAAAUAAUGGAAUAUGAUUUGAAUCAAGAUACGGUUAAUGUUUUUUUUGUUGAUCUAAAUUCUUGGGAAGAAAAUGUUUCACGUUCACGUAUACGUUUCAUACUAACAAAAUAUUCAUCUCGACCAGUUCAUUUACUAACAUGUCGUUUAGCAACUAUUGCUUCAUUAAAUGAUGAUACUGAAUGGAAUGAUGUUGUAUUAAGAACUUUUCAAAAUCUUGUUCAUAAUUGUCAAUGUGAUGUUGAACCAUUAUAUAAAAGAUGUGAUAAUACUUUCUAUGUAAAUUUAUUUGCACAACAUGAUGAAGUUUAUGUUUGUAUUAAUGACUUUUUAAUACAUUGUAAAAUGGCUAGACCUAUUGAUGAUAUUACUAAUGAUGAUAAUACUACUACGUUUAUGCUAGACGAUGAUGGGCAACCAAUGCAUUCAAUUAUAGCACUUUAUUGGAAGGCUGGAGAAACAGCUUCAGAAAAAGAUACUUCUAUCAAAAGUCAAGACGAUCAACAUCGUUCGGAAGCAUCUACAGAACCAUUUCAAACAAAAUCUUCAUUUCUAACAAAACUAGUUCUAAUAGAUGAGAAAAAUAAAAUAAUUUUUGCACGAUACAAUUCAUAUAUAAUGGUACCAUGGUUUAUUUUAUCCGAUAUCCUAAAAGAAUUAGAUGAAGAAAAAAUAAAAAUUCUUGCGAAUACAUUUGGUUUUAAGCCAAGUAUUAUCAAUCCUCUUAAGCAUGUAUUGCUUUGUUCGCAAUUGUUAAAAUUAGCAUCGUCUGCAUCAAUAUCAAGUGAAAUUAGUUUAUAUUCAAUCGAUUGUGUUAGAAAAAUUUUAAAAGCAUGCCACUAUACACAAGCGGCUACGUUUGAUUUAUUAGAUCGAGCACGUUUAGCUGAAGCCAGUAACGAUAUGACUUUUUGGGAUCAAUCGUUUGAGGGUUGA